AUGGAGUCGGCAAGGGAGGCCCUACUCGCGGAGACGAAGCGGCUGCUCGCAGCCCUCAACGACGAGAACAGAGAACUGAAGGCGGAAAACACGCGGCUGCUCACUCAGUGCAAGGCGGCGGCCGAGAGGCUCACCUCCGUUAGUGUGGAGAAGGAGGGUUUGGAGAAGGACCUGAAGCACAUAAACUUCAACCUCAUGCAACAGCUGCGGGUGAAGGUGAGUGCUGCGAAGGAGCACGAGCGGCUUGUGGCGCAGAUGCAAGUAACGGUGACUGGUUUAGAGGCGCAGCUGCAGGAGUCGAGGCUGGCACAGGAGUCUGCAGUGAAGGAGAGCCACAUGCAGCGUGAACAGAUCGCCGUGUUAGAGCGACGACUGCAGCAGCUGACGGAGCGACUCUUUCGGACUGAGGCAGAGGCCGGCAAGUACGCCGAUGACCUUAACGCCGCGAUUUCGGGGCACCGGGAGACAGCCGCGAAGCUCCAGCACGACAACGCACAGCGACUAAAGGAGGUGGAAGAGGCGCUGCGGCUGAGUCGGGCCAACGAGGCCGGCUUGCAGCGUGUCGUGGAGGAGCUGCGGUAUGAGCUUGGCCGUGCGAAGGAGGUGCUUCGGCGGAGUCACAGCAGCAGUAGCGAGGGGCAGCGUCGCACCCUCUCGGCGAGGUCGGAGGCCCUUUAUGCGCAUGAGCAGGUUCUUACUGCGUGUAACUCGUCCUGUCAACAGCUGCGGGAACUGCAGCGGCAUCUUCGUGCUGUGGAGGACCUCGCCACGAAUGCGAGCCAUCACGUGGAGCAAGCGUUGUGCAAGGGGGAGGCAAGGCUGCGGGAGCAAAUGGAGCAUUUUGUUACCACCGAUGAGGCUCUUGUGGCGUUUCUCUGCCAACGCAUUAUGGAUCAAGAGGGGAAGCUGCACACCGUGCGGGAAGAGCUUUCACAUGCCCAUUGCCGUCUCCAGGAAACGGAGAGGGAGCUUGGCAAUGCACGCACAGAGCAGCAGAGUUGCAAAGCCGAGCUGAAGUCACUUGCGGCUGUACAGCAGGAGCUCCAGACGAUGAGGGCUGAACUAGAAGCACAUGGUCGUAUAGAAGAAGAGCUGCGUGCCGAGGUUGGACGAUGCCGGCGUGAGACAGAGUGUAGUGAGCGCCGAGCGGCGGAGUGUAGACGUCUGUUAGAGGACGAACGAGAACAUGGUGCAGCCACACAUCGCUCCUACAAGCGGGAAGCAGACAAUGUGGAUGAGCAGCUGCGGGAGUUUUCGGCCACUGUAUCGCAGGCAUUGCGUAGGUUUGACUCCACGACGCGUCAUCGUCGUCGCCUCUCUUCCUCUGCAGGAGGUGUGACGUCGUCAAACGUGCCGUCCAGGAACUCGACGGAAUAUGCCCCUGACGGUAACAUGUCAUCACCCUCGGUGGUGCGUGUCGAGUCUUCACCUGGCGCACAGGGCCAUCCAUAG